CACACAAAGCACAACACAUCCAUCCACCCUUUUUACCGUAACGCGCAUUAGAUCCUCUCUCUCUCUCUAUCUCUCUCUCUCUCUGCUUAUUCCUUCAACAACCCCCCCUUACCUUCGGUCCCUGUCUUCCCCAUCUUUGAAACGCUUUUCUGAAGUUCAUAUCUCCUCCACAUCUCCAAUCCUUGCAAUUAGCAAAUAUAUAUAUAUAUAUAUUGGGAUUUUUUGUUCCUUCUCUUUCUCUUUCUCUCUGUGGGGGUGUUUUAUCAUCUCCCAGAUCUAUUUCAGACGCCCAUCACAGCCACAAACGGACCUUCUCGGUCUCUCUGGCUCUUGUUCUGAUCGGAUAGAUCGAAACCCAGAAAGGAUAUAGUGAAAAGAAUGUCGCAGGCUCUCUCAGAUGACAACUUUAUUGACCAUUUUGACCGGAUACCGGACUCCCUCCUCCUCCUCGUCUUCAACAAGAUCGGAGACGUGAAGGCUCUCGGCCGGUGCUGCGUGGUGUCGCGGCGCUUCCACUCGCUGGUUCCGCAGGUGGAGAACGUGGUGGUCCGCGUGGACUGCGUUAUCUCUGACGAUGACUCGUCUUCUUCCUCUUCCCCUUCUUCGGCUGAGAAAUCGCGGAAUCCCUUUUCCAAUAUUUUCCGCUUCGUCUUCUUGGGCACCAUCGUCAAGCCCUUUCAGUUCCUGACCCAGUUCCUUGGCGGACCCAAGAGGGUCUCGUCGUCUUCCGGGUCGCCGGGCUCUUCCUCGUCGCUGUUCCUCGCCGAAGAUGGAGACUCCGACCAGGGCAUCUAUUUCAGACGCCCAUCACAGCCACAAACGGACCUUCUCGGUCUCUCUGGCUCUUGUUCUGAUCGGAUAGAUCGAAACCCAGAAAGGAUAUAG